AUGCCGUCUGCACUCAGAGUGACCACAACAUGCCGUGACCACAACAUGCCGUCUGCACUCAGAGUGACCACAACAUGCCGUGACCACAACAUGCCGUCUGCACUCAGAGUGACCACAACAUGCCGUGACCACAACAUGCCGUCUGCACUCAGAAGUGACCGCAACAUGCCGUCCUGCACUCAGAGUGACCACAAAAACAUGCCGUCUGCACUCAGAGUGACCGCCAACAUGCCGUGCUGCACUCAGAGUGACCACAACAUGCCGUCUGCACUCAGAGUGACCGCAACAUGCCGUCUGCACUCAGAGUGA